UACUCCCAGGUACACUAUAACAGGGGUCAUUGACAUCCCUAUAACCAAUCCCUAUCUUUUUUUUAACCCUUUCUUCCUUCCCCUCACGGUACUUUCCUUUUUUUUUUUCCUCUCUCUUCGCCCAUAACAGCCGUCUUCCUCUCUCUCACGAGCUUCACAUUUGCUCCGCUGCCUCUCUCUAACGAGCUUCACAUUUGGUCCGCUUCCUCUCUCGAGCUUCCUUGAUCGCUUUCAAGAAAUCGCUACUUUGGAAGUUUUGGCAUGUUAUAAGCCAAUCAAAGAGGAAAAAACAGAAUAAGAAGAUGAAAUCAGUUGUGGGUGUUGUUUUGUCAAAUAAGAUGCAGAAAUCAGUGGUAGUAGCAGUGGACAGGCUCUUCCAUCACAAGCUUUACAACCGCUACGUCAAGCGCACCUCCAAGUUCAUGGCCCAUGACGAAAACGAUCAAUGCAACAUUGGUGACAGGGUUAAAUUGGAUCCUUCUAGGCCGUUGAGCAAGCAUAAGCAUUGGGUUGUUGCUGAAGUUCUUAAGAAAGCAAGAAUUUAUGUACCACCAUCCAUGGAUAAAGCUGCAAAUGCAAACUUCAAGAAUGAAGCACCGCCUUCUUCAACCCCUUAAGGUACAUUGGAGACUAGUACAUUGGGAAUUCCUCCGUGUUCGUGCUUUAGAGAGGACAUCAAAUCAUUUUGAUUUGCCAGCAUCAGUAGAUUAACCCUGUUUUCGCUACCAAUUAUUUUUGACAAUGAAGUUUGUUACGGACCACCAAAAAGUGAGGACUUGGAUUACAGGAGGCUAAAGAAGACUUGCAUCUUAAAAUGCAAAGAGUAUGGUUGAAAAAGAAGACUACGGCUUUGUAAACCAAUUUUCUUAUAUAUACUCGAUUUAUUUUUGUCAGUCUCCACUCCAGCAUCCUGAACCAAAAGCAUCUUAGGAUUUUAACUUCAUUCUCAAAUUAACUCCAGCUAAGCUUUUGGGUUUAACCAGUUCCGCAUUCCAUGGAUUUCAGGGGGAGAAAAACAACGUUAGAUGCCAUGGAUUGUCAAUUGUGCAUUACUAAUUCCUUGAGGGGCAGAGUAAAAUAGAA